AUGAAGGUUGAACGAGGAAGCAACAUGGUAUUGUUUCUAGCAUCUUUGUUUAUAAUUGGAGGAAUUUUGGUAGAUGCAGUGUCAUACGAUCACACUGCAAUCACUGAUUGCUUGGCAGAGCCUCUUAAACCUCAAUAUAAUGGGGGAAUAGUUGUGAACCCAGAAAUAAACGAUGGCUUAAAUGGUUGGAGAACUCAUGGAGGGGUGAAAAUUGAGCCUAAAGUGUCAGUACAAGGAAACAACUUCAUUGUGGCUCAUAGUAGAAGACACCGCUAUGGCAGUGUAUCCCAGAAAGUCUUCUUAGACAAAGAGAAACUUUACACAUUUUCCGUUUGGAUACAAGUAAAUGGGGGGAGAAAUACACCAGUUAUUGUAAUUUUUAAGACUAAUGAAGGGUUCAAGCCAGCUGGUUCAGUCAUUGCUCAAGUAGGAUGUUGGUCCAUGCUUAAGGGUGGCAUCACAGUUGAGUGUUCAGGCCCAGCUGAAUUUUAUUUCCAGAGCAAUGAUACAUCGGUUGAUAUCUGGGUUGAUAGCAUUUCACUACAACCUUUCACCAAGGAGGAAUGGAGAUCUCAUCAAGAUCAAAGCAUUGAGAAGGUUCGAAAGGCCAAAGUGAGACUCCAAGUUGUAAACUCCAAAGGAAAGCCGGUACCCUAUGCAAACAUCUCAAUCAACCAAAACAAAGCAAGCUUUCCUUUCGGAGCUUCUAUCAACCACAACAUUGUCGAUAACACAGCCUACCAAAAGUGGUUCACCUCUAGGUUCACAGUCACCACAUUUGAGAACGAGAUGAAGUGGUAUUCCACAGAAAACACUCAAGGCAAGGAAGACUACUCUCAAGCCGAUUCCAUGCUUGCCUUCAUUAGCCAGCACGGCAUACCUAUUCGUGGCCACAACAUCUUCUGGGAUGAUCCCAAGUAUCAAAUGGAAUGGGAAAAAAACCUCUCCCCUAGUGACCUCCUAGCAGCCACCGAUAAGAGACUCAACUCAAUAGUUUCGAGGUAUGCUGGGAAGGUGAUAGCAUGGGAUGUUAACAAUGAAAACUUACAUUUUAACUUUUUCGAGAACAAGCUUGGGGCAAAUAUUACUGAUAUAUUCUUCCAGAAAACGCGUCAACUAGAUGGACACGCAACAUUGUUUAUGAAUGACUAUAACACGAUAGAGGAUCAGGGCGACGCAGCCUCUUCCCCAUCGAAGUAUCUCCAGAAGAUUGGGGAAAUAGCUAACUUCCUUGGGGGUAAGGCUAACCUUGCAAUUGGCCUUGAGGGUCAUUUCGGUGUCCCAAAUCUUCCUUAUGUGAGAUCGGCUCUUGACACUCUUGCUGCUUCUAACUUCCCUAUUUGGAUCACUGAGCUUGAUGUUCAAAAGGGACCUAACCAGGUAUCAGACUUUGAACAAGUACUAAGGGAAGUGCAUUCCCAUAGAGGAGUACAAGGCAUUGUGAUUUGGGGACCAUGGUCACCCCAAGGCCAACAAUGUUACAAUUUGUGUUUGGUAGACCCCAACUUCACUAACUUACCAGCAGGGGAUGUUGUAGACAAGGUCUUGAAAGAAUGGGGCUACCGCGACAAAGCCGUCGUUGCAACCACAGAUGCCGAUGGCUUCUUCAACGCUUCACUCUUACAUGGUGAUUAUCAAGUUAAGCUCUUAGGACAACUACACACAUUGGAUGAACAAUCUUCUCCAUUAAUUUCUCAAAACUUUAAAGUGGAUCCUCACUCAUCAAGUCAGACUUUUAAGAUAAUUGCCCCAGAUUCUUUCUAA